AUGGACUCAACUAAUUUAGUGGGUGAAGAUUUACAAUCACGUCGGAAAAUAAAUUUUGAAAGUGAAGAUGGAAUAUUGUCUUCAAAUAUUGAUAUAAAAUCUCUUCAUUCUAAAAUUGAGGAUGAGGCAAUACCAAAGAUUGGUAUGGAAUUUAUUACUGAAGGGGAAGCUUACGAUUUUUAUAAUGCUUAUGCCUAUAAAAUAGGUUUUAGUAUUAGAAGAAGCAAAAUGCAUAAAGAUUUAGAUGGACGGAUAACAGAUAGAAUAUUUUGCUGCUCAUGUGAAGGUCAUCGAGAAAAAGAUAAACGAGAUGCUACAGUAAAAUCUCAUCGUGCUGAAACGAGAUUUGGUUGUUUGGCAAGAAUGAAAAUUAAUUCUCAUCAAAAUAGUAGAUAUCGUGUGGUUGAUUUUGUUAUGGAACAUACACAUGUUACAUCAAGUCCUAGCAAAAGUCAUUUACAUAGAUCUCAAAGAAGAUUGACUCUAGCCCAAGCAGCUGAAAUUGAUUUAGCUGACAUCUCAGGAAUUACGCCUAAGGCGAGUUAUGAUUUAAUGGCUAGGCGAGUUGGUGGGCGUGAGAACCUUGGAUAUACUAUUGUUGAUUGUCGAAAUUAUUUGCAAAGCAAACGAACAAUUCAAAUGAGAUUGGGAGAUACCGGUGGUAUUCUAGAAUAUCUUCAAAGGAUGCAAUUAGAAGACCCUGCUUUUGUUAGUGCCAUACAAGCUGAUGAAGAUGACAUGAUAACUAAUAUCUUUUGGGCAGAUGGAAGAAUGAUGGCGGAUUAUUUCUAUUUUGGUGAUGUUGUUUCCUUUGACACAACUUACAAGAAAAAUAAAGAGUGUCGACCAUUUGCAAUGUUUGUUGGUGUGAAUCAUCACAAGCAAUCUAUUAUCUUUGGAGCUGCAUUGUUAUAUGAUGAAACUGCUGAAACAUUUGCUUGGUUAUUUGACACUUUUGCUAAAACAAUGUCAGGGAAAAAGCCAAAGACUAUUCUUACUGACCAAGAUGCGGCAAUGGAAAAAGCUCUAGAGUCUCAAUGGCCAGAAACAACUCAUCGUUUAUGCAUUUGGCAUAUAUAUCAGAAUGCUGCAAAAAAUCUUAGUGGGGUUUUUGAAAAAUUUCGACAGUUUACAAAAGAUUUCAGUAGUUGUAUUUAUGAUUAUGAUGAGAAGGAUGAAUUCAUUGAAGCUUGGAAUAGUAUGCUUGAGAAAUAUGAUCUUAGAGACAAUAAAUGGCUUAAAAAAAUGUUUAAUUUGAGAGAAAAAUGGGCAUUGGUAUAUGGGAGAGAGACAUUUUGCGCAGACAUGACAACUACUCAACGAAGUGAAAGUAUGAAUAAUGUAAUUAAGAAUUAUGUUAGCUACAAGCAUGAAAUACCAAGAUUUUUUCAACAUUUUCAAAGAUUAGUUGAGGAUCGUCGAUAUGAUGAGUUGAAGGCUGAUUUUAAAGCAACUCAAACUUCAUUGUCAUUGUCUUUACCAGUAGAAAUUUUGAAGCAUGCUUCAAUUAUUUACACUCCAGCUGUAUUCAGAAUGUUUGAGAAAGAAUUGUGCAAUGCCUACGAUUGUGCUAUAAAUAUUCAAGGUGAGGUUGGAACAGUGGCAAAGUAUACAGUGAUUCCUCAUGGAAAGAUUUUUGAGCACACUGUUACAUAUAAUUCUUUUGAUAAUACAGUGACAUGUAGCUGUAAGAAAUUUGAUUUUGCAGGAAUUUUAUGCGCACAUAUUUUAAAAGUAUAUUCGUCUAGGAAUGUCAAAAAAAUUCCUUGUGAAUAUAUUUUAAAGAGGUGGACAAUGCAUUCAAAAACUGGAUUUUCCACAACUAUGAAUUGCAAGAGUGUGUCUACUGAGGAUGCAAAAGCAAACAUGGCAAAACGUUACAAAGAAAUUUGUAGAAUGCAAACUCAACUUGCAACAAAAGCCGCCGAAGAUGAAAAAGCAUACAAUAUUGUUGUUUCCGCGUUUACUAAGAUUUUUAUAGAUUUGGAUGCAAGUGAUGUAGCUCAGGGGAAAGAGAUAUCGACUUCUACUACCAUACAUAAUGACAUUGAAAAUAAAACAAGUAACGAAACGGGUGAUAAAAUUAAAGGGUUCAAGACUAAAAGGAAAGCUCAUGUGGGAUCUAGAAGACUUAAAGGUGCACUUGAGAGAGCAAAAAGUAAGAAAAAGAUUGUCCAUGAAGAUUCUCCAUCACAAAAGGAUUUUCAUAAAGAAAAAGCAAAUGAUCAAAGCCAUAGCAGAAUUGGAAUACCUUUUUUGUCUACUAAUAAUUCUUUUCAAGAUAAUAUGCCAUCUUCAUCAGCAAAUAUAGUUUCAUUCCAGCAAAAAGAAGUUAUACCAUACACUUAUAAUUUUGAUGGUUAUGAAGAUAUGAAUGAAACAACGAGUAUGGUUGAACUAUUACAGCAGGCUAUAUCAACUCCUACCACAUUUAAAAGAUUUACUAGCAACUAUUUUUAA